AUGACAAACACCCUACCUCUCAACGAUAUAAUCCUACGUUUUCCAGGGGACGAACAUAAUGACGAAUCGUAUCAACUUUUAGAACUCCCAGGGGAAGUUUUGAAAAAGUUAGAAGGAUGGAAUGGAUCAUUAUCAUUCCCAAUAAUCAUCAAAGGUCGUCCAUCCGAUGACGCGGUUUUAUGUACUUCAGACGCUACAUUCGCUCUACGUACUGUAACGAUUUCCAAUUCUUUACUUUUAUCAUCAACAUCCAAGACAAAACGUAUAAGAUUCGAAGAUGCAGAUUUUACGACAAAACAUGAUAAACGUUCUCGACCAACUUUAGAAAUCCGUGAUACGCGUCAUGAGAUAUUAGAAUGUGUACCUAUUGCUGGGAAUGUGGAAAGGAUCAGAACUCUUCUUAGACCAACAGCGUGGAAAGGUAUAGGAUCUGAGAAUAAAACAGGGUUUGAGGGGAUGAAAUAUAGGAACGAAAGAGGAUCAGGGGGAGGUUAUGCAGAUGAUGUUAAAUUGAGGAGAAAGAAAUAUACUCGUCAACAAUUGUUGAGUGUUAUACAGGCUAGUGAAGUGGAGUUGGAUAAAGGUUUGAAAGAGAGGAAUGUUGUGGCAGUUGAUGGAACCCUGCUACUUCUACCACCUGACAAACUCCAUCCAAUCCUGACCAUUCUCCUCACCCUUUUAUCCAUCCAUAAUGUCCAUGAACACUCCAAAUCAGUUCAAGUCCCAGUAAAAGAGGUGAUGAGGGAAUUAGAGACAUAUGAGCUUGAGAGGGGGUUGAUACGUGGUAUUUUGAGUCUUUUCGGGGAAAUAGAUGAUCCGGAAAACGAAGUGUGGAAAGCUGACAUAAUACGUUUAGUGAGGGAAGUAGGGAAUGGGAUAUUGGUUGAUAUAGGAGAAAAAGGGAUGGAAGCUGAGAUGUUUUUGAGUAUGUGGAGAGAAAAUGUGGGGGAGAAUUGGAAUGAAUUGGUGCAUCUUGAUUUGUUAAAGGGAGAACACCUUCUACAUUCUUCUACUUUCACUUCAUUACAAACCAUAACUCACUUUCCAGUCCAUUCACUCCCUAUAAAUCCCCCGAACAGAUUCACAGACCUUUUCUUGACUCGUUCUCCAUGGAAAGCGGAAGAUAUGAGACCUUUUCUGAAAGGUUUGACGAGGGAUGGUGAUGGGAAAGAAUUAGAUAAAUUAGUUGCUAGACAUGUUAGGGUUGUUAGAGAUCAAUAUGGGGUUUGGUGGUUUCCUCGGAAAACAUGA